UCGGAAGAAAAUGGCUGCCAAGAUGCAAAUUACUAACCGGGAUGGUCACUUACAUUUCUGUGUAUGAAACAAGUGAUUAGUUGAUAUUUGUGCCUAGUAAUGAAGCGGAAAAGAAAGUUAAAUUAGAGAGAGAAAAGAAUAAACUAUUUAACGUCCAGUUUUAUUGAAUUUAGCAGGUAUUUGAGAUGAAAUUUUCACUCUAAAACCAGCUUCUGCAGCCGAAAUUUGACAGUCUUGUUCUGCGGAGGCUGAAGAUACCAACUAAAAGGCUUAAAGAUGAUGUGCGACGUGAUGCCGACGAUUUCUGAGGAUGGGUCAACGGACCGAGAGUCCCAGGAAUCGGGAGAUGACGCCAACUUCGAGCAGCUAAUGGUGAACAUGCUAGAUGAACGAGACAAGUUGAUGGAAGCUCUGCGAGAAUCUCAAGAUUUGCAGACACAAACUCAAACUAAACUACAAGAAUUAGAAAAAGAAAGAGAAAGCCUUCAAAGGCAACUCCAGUCGACUCAGCCCCAGGUAAAUCAAAAUGAGCUAGCUUCAAUCACAAAGGAAUUGAACAGUAUACGAGAGCAACUGAUAGAAAGGGAAGAAGAGGUCCAUGAACUCAAAGCUGAAAGGAAUAAUACUAGAUUACUGUUGGAGCAUUUAGAGUGUUUGGUAUCACGUCAUGAGCGUUCAUUAAGGAUGACGGUUGUGAAACGUCAGGCCUCGUCUCCGGCUGGUGUCUCAAGUGAGGUGGAAGUUCUAAAGGCGCUCAAAUCACUGUUUGAACAUCAUAAGGCAUUAGAUGAAAAAGUUCGAGAGAGGUUACGAGUUGCCCUUGAGAGAGUUUCAUCAUUAGAGGAAGAACUAGCCACUGCCAACCAGGAGUUGUUUACAUUACGGGAACAGCAAACAAAGUCCCGCCAUUCUAGUGGAUCAACAGAAGAUGGUAGACAUCCAGUAAAGAAUGAUGCAACAUCACCCCCACCUAGCUCAGAACAUCCUGUAGAAAAAGAUCAUCAUCCAAAGAGAUUAUCAAAUGGUUCUAUAGAUCCAGAUUCGGAUGUGAAUAGAGUUAUAGAAUUACAAGAAACUGUUGAAAAACAGAACUCUGAACUUACAAAUACGCGAACAAAAAUGUUAGAAAUGAACAAUAAAUUUACUGAAAUGGAAGAGAAUUAUACCACUGCCCAAAAGGAUUUAAUCAAAGCUCAGGAACAAGUUGUGAAAUUACAGCGAGAUCUCAGAGAGUCAAUAGCACAAAAAGAGGACCAAGAGGAAAGAAUAGCAACAUUAGAAAAACGUUACCUUACUGCUCAGAGGGAAACAACAUCACUGCAUGACUUAAACGAUAAACUCGAGUCAGAGCUUGCUACAAAAGAUGGCCAGUUAAAAACAUUGGAAGAAAAAAUCAAGGCUUUGCAAGAAAAAUUAGAAGCCGCCGAGUCUAAACUCCAACAGUCAUUACAUAAAGCUGAAGCCCUGCCCACUGUAGAGGCGGAGCUACAACAGAGAAUGGAGGCACUCUCAGAGGCAGAGAGACGUCAUGGCUCAAUAGAGGAAAGAAUGCAGCAGUUGGAAGCUAAAGUGCAGGAAAAAGAUUCUGAAUUGCAACGGGCUCGUCAUAGAGAUAAGAUGAAUGAAGAGCAUAAUGCGCGACUGUCUGCCACGGUAGAUAAAUUGUUAACCGAGUCAAAUGAGAGAUUGCAACUUCACCUCAAGGAGAAAAUGCAGGCGUUAGAGGAGAAGAAUCAGUUAACGCAGGAACUGGAGAGAACCAGGAAAGCUUUAGAUGAUAAUCAACAAGAAAAGGAAAGAAUAUUAGAAGAUUUACAACGUGCCAAAAGAGAAGUAGAUACCCUUAGACAACAAAUUGAACAUCUUGCUAGGCCGGGUGAUGGUUAUCCUAGUUUGAUAGGAAGUCCCGAGGAUAGUGUAACAAGACGACAGCAGAGAGGUAGAGACUCGAUGGAUGAUCCUGACAAGGUGAAUACACUGAAUGAGCAAGAAUGGGAGAAGCUGCAGCAAGCCAAUGUAUUAGCCAAUGUCCAGCAUGCAUUUGAAUCGAGUGAUACGGAAGGUUCAGACGGGAAUGAUAGCCUGAUUGGUGCUUUUGACAUGCUAUCACCCUCUGGACAUACAGACGCACAGACGCUAGCCAUUAUGUUGCAGGAACAGCUUGAUGCUAUAAAUAAUGAGAUUCGACUAAUCCAGGAGGAGAAAGAGUCUACAGAGCAGCGAGCUGAAGAACUGGAAAGCAGGCAGGCACCGGCAGCCUCUAUGCCGUCACAUCUUUAUACAUACUCUUCCUCUAGUCCACAACUUGCCACAACGGCGACAGCUGAUAGCACGCCCCCUCCGCAGUAUAGCCGAGAUGAUAGUUCAAUAAAAGAUGAUAGUGUACAAAUAGUGUGUGAAACUAGUCCUCCCAAUACGCCAAGAUCUCUACGCCUCGAACGUCUACAAACAGCACUCUCACAAAGUGCUGAGGGUAGUCCUAGUCGAACAGUUAUAGAUACAACCAACAGCACAUUAUCUAGUACAGCCAGUAGUCAAGAUUCUCUACAUAAACAUCAAAAGAAGAAAGGAAUUAAAAGCUCUAUAGGAAGAUUAUUUAGUAAAAAAGAAAAACAGAAACAAAAAGGUGCAUUAGGAAGAGAUAUGCCAGCAGGUGCUGGUUACAUAGACAGUGGCGAAGGAGCUACAGACACUUUAGGCCGGGGACUUGGGCAAUCAGAAUUCGACAGAAGAAAGAAACGAAAAGAGGAGUUACUAGAGGAAGCAAUGAAAGCUGGUACACCGUUUGCUCUCUGGAAUGGCCCAACUGUUGUUGCCUGGCUUGAGUUGUGGGUGGGAAUGCCAGCAUGGUAUGUUGCAGCGUGUCGAGCAAACGUUAAAUCUGGUGCAAUCAUGUCAGCGUUAUCUGACCAGGAGAUCCAGCGAGAGAUCGGAAUCAGCAAUCCACUUCACCGUCUCAAACUGCGCCUCGCCAUUCAGGAAAUGGUCUGUCUCACCAGCCCCUCAGCUCCAAGAACUUCUCAGGAUUCUCUAGCAUUUGGUGACAUGAAUCAUGAGUGGAUUGGCAAUGAGUGGUUACCUAACCUAGGUCUACCUCAGUAUAGAAGUCAUUUCAUGGAAUGUUUAGUUGACGCUCGAAUGUUAGACCAUUUAACUAAAAAAGAUUUACGAGGGCAAUUAAAAAUGGUGGAUAGUUUUCAUAGGACCAGUUUGCAAUAUGGCAUUAAUUGUUUAAAAAGAGUAAAUUAUGAUAAAAAGGAGUUAGAAGGCAGAAGAGAAAAAACUGCAGAAGAAAAUACAGAUGUUUUAGUGUGGACCAAUGAUAGAAUUAUUAAAUGGGUAGUUAGUAUAGGGCUUAGAGAUUAUUCAAAUAAUUUGUUUGAAUCUGGAGUACAUGGGGCACUUAUAGCUCUAGACGAAAGCUUUGAUCAUAACAGUAUGGCACUAGCAUUACAAAUACCAACACAAAAUACAACUAUACGCUCUUCGUUAGAGCGGGAGUUUAACAAUUUACUAGCCAGUGGUACAGACAGACGGUUGGACGAGGGCGAAGGAGGAAGAUUCCGGCGGGCACCCUCGUGGCGUAAGAAAUUCCGCAAUAAGGACAAGAGUAAAGAUGGUAGCGAGGAAGGCGAGGGCGGGGCUGAACCUGGGCAGGAAUCACCACAAGGGCCACGAAGGGGUGCUGUUGGACCAGGGUCAGCACUCCAACAGCGUACAACCGAAACCAUGAGAAACUGCUAGGAUGUACUAAUCACUAGAAUAUUCUAAUUAAUUAAUUGUGCUGCGCCAGGGUGCAGUUACCAACAGAGUUCCAGUGAGCCUCAAACCUGCAAUAAAUAAGUGUAUUCAGCAAUGUGUUAUGUGUCUGUGUAUUGGAACAACGUUACGUGUGAAGCAAUCUGAACAUUAUUGUUAUCAUCGCACAGUUUUUACAUGUUUGCGCGUGUUGUGGAAGCUAUGUCAGAAUUUUUUUCAUGGCCAUUAAAAACCUCGUCAAGAUGAGAUCUAGGAAUGUGAAAUUUUGUACGUUACCAAUAUUGACUGUUAUUUCUUGUGCUAAUGGCGUUACCAUUAAUAUAUCAACUUAGCACUGUGACUGGAUAUUAUUAUUCCACUAUAUGGCAUAAAGCUCUUUGUAUGGAGUCAUAUUUCAGCAUAAUUAUGCACAGUUGUUUUUUUUUUUUGGUGCCCUUGUCAAUUUGGGUAGGGGCGGCAUUUAGAUUUUCCCAUGUCUGUCUGUCUAGAUGUCUGUAUGACAUUCAUAUUUUGCAUAUGGCAAAGAUUAUUUGACUUAGACUCAUCAAACUUUACAGGAUUGAUAUUCAGCUUGUGAGGUUGUGCAUGCAUUAAAACAAAGUUAUGGCCCUUGAUUGAAAAGAUCUGUGUAAAGGGUGUACAAGUUUUUGUUGCAAAUAUCUCAAGUAGUUGACCUAGAAUCGUGAAAUUAUAGGAAUAUUAUACAGUAGGUUAAGUUAUGUACCUAGGGUUUUAUUAGAGUUUUAACUUGGCAAAACUAGUGUUACGACCCUUUUGUUAGUAAAAAAUUUGCAUAAAUGACCGAAAAUUUUGUGUCAAGUAUUUGACCAGGUAUAUGAAACUUACAGGCAUGUUGUCCAGCAUGUGUAGUUGUGCACAUGUGGUUUAUUUGGGAUUUACCCCUUCCGAUAAGAUCAUCUCCUAAUAUAUGACCCUUCCAGUUUUGAUUUCUUAAAAAUGAAUAUAAAAGUUUACUUAUUCUCGCAUUGUCAACAAGUAAUAUAUGACCAUACAUUGUAAGUAGGGGCACCUGUGUCCUAUGGACACUUAACCUAGCUUUUGUAAUGCUGUGCAUUAUAUAUCUGUAGCUAGGUAUUUUCUCCUCAAUAGCUUUUACACAAGAUAUAUUCUUACUUAUGUAAUAGAAGAGCGAUAUAGAACAAAAAUGUAUUACCUGAUUGCUGAUGAAAAUUCAUUCUUAAUAUCACUCAUGCCUUCCCUUUUACACAAUUUGAAAUAUUCCAUCUUGAAACAGUUUGUUAAGUUUUUGCAUUAUUUGACAAGACAAAAUUUCAUAAUCACUUUGAAGGGUUUUUGUUUUUAUCCAUUUCUUACAAAGAAAAUGUCAGAAUUAGAAUCAAACUUGUAUAUUAAGAAAGUGCUAGUGUACUAAAAAUGGACAUUAUUUUUCUGAUGGUCUUUGUUCACAGAUUAAAAUGUCAUACAAGAGAUUUCUGUAAAAAUAAAACUAGGGGUCUUUAUAUCCGUGUGGUGUCUGAUCAAAGACUUUUUACUUGAGUUUGACUUUGUGUUAACAACAACCAGUAUGUUCCAGUUUCCAGAAUAAAGAUAUUUGUCGAUUGGAAAUUUAAUUAUUUCACAGAUUUUAAAAUGACAGUAUGUGUAAUAUUACAGCUGGUAUGAAGAAGAGGGUUGGUCAGGUGUAGUGACUUGCAGUGAAAAAUCAGUGAUUUAUGUAAAAAAAUGAAUUUUUUGAAUAAUUUUCCAGUUUUGUAUGUCCCUAAUACUUAAUUCAUUGUUAUUUAACCCAUUCAAGCAUAAUCACUCAUUUAUCCAUUGCAACAUCAUUAAGCUUGUGUUCUAUAUGUACUCGUAUAUAGUACACUGUAUAUUUCCAAAAUUUCAAUAUUUAUUAUUUAAAGAUAUCCAGUGCCCAGCUUUUGCUAAGAUAUUUUGUCUUUAGAUAUUUACUUCAAAUGUAGAAAUUCCUCAUCAAAUGUAUUAAGCUUAUUAAAUAUAUAAAUAAAUUGUGAAUUUAGAGCUACAUUUCAUAUUUUAGAUGUCAUGCAUUAUCAGUCAGUUUCUAUCCUAUUUAACCCUUAGCCUGCUGGCGUCAGAUGAUUCUGCCUUUGCGACCAGUGCAGACCAAGAUCAGCCUGCACAUCCGUGCAGUCUGAUCAUGGUCUGCACUGUUCGCUAUUCAGUCAGUAAAUUUUCAGUGUAAACACCUUUGAGUAAUAAGUGGUACUGUCCAAAUUGAAAGAUGGACCAGUCCAUUAUAGAAAUAUAGCAGGUUAAGGGUUAAUGGGUAGUACAUACUUAUACUGUAUCUAGAUGUACAUGUAUUAAGUAUGUACUAUUUUAAAGAUAAUGCUUAGAACCAUUAAUUCACAUAAACCUGCUAAUUUUAUGUUUACCUAUACUAUAUGUAGCAGUCCAUAUUUUCAGAUAUGAAAUUUCAGUCUUGUAUACCUUAAAGAUUGAUAUAUUCUUAUUUCUUGGCUAUAAAAUAGAGCUGUUCUUAAAUUUUGCUUAAAUAUUCAGCAUAAUAAAAUCUGGGUACAAGUCUUCUUUUUUAAAUGACAUUAAUUUGUGAAAAAAUUCUGACAUAUAUAUUUUUAUCUUUUCAUAUAAAUUGCAAAGUUUCACUGACUGUCAAAUUUCGAGGCUAAAAUUUUACUUAGUGAUAACUUUGUUGCCAGUUGGUUGUGAUUUUGUUAACAUUAAAGUUGUGUUAAAGUAUAACUGGUUAGGGAUGAUUUAAGUUGCUGCUGUUUUAAAACAAAUUUAGUAAAUGCAUCGAAUUUCAGUAGCCUGACCUAUAUUGGAAGAGGUGGAGCCUUUGCACUCACCAAUUUUCUGAUUAAUCCCCCGCCGUGGCGGAGGGAUUAUAGGAAUGGUCUGCGUCCGUCCGUCCUUCCGUCCGUAACAAAAUCGUGUCCGGUCCAUAUCUCCUAAACCCCUUGAAGGAUUUUCAUGAAACUUGGGUCAAAUGAUCACCUCAUCAAGACGAUGUGCAGAACCCAUGAGUCAGCCUUGUCGGUUCAAGGUCAAGGUCACAACUCAAGGUCAGAGGUUUGAGCCUGCCAUUUUGUGUCCGCUCUAUAUCUCCUAAACCCCUUGAAGGAAUUUUAUAAAACUUGGGUCAAAUGAUCACCUCAUCAAGGCGAUGUGCAGAACCCAUGAGUCAGUCAUGCCGGCUCAAGGUCAAGGUCACAACUCAAGGUCAAAGGUUUGAGCCUUCCAUUUUGUGUCCGCUCUAUAUCUCUUAAACCCCUUGAAGGAAUUUUAUAAAACUUGGGUCAAAUGAUCACCUCAUCAAGGCGAUGUGCAGAACCCAUGAGUCAGUCAUGCCGGCUCAAGGUCAAGGUCACAACUGAAGGUCAAAGGUUUGAGCCUUCCAUUUUGUGUCCGCUCUAUAUCUCCUAAACCCCUUGAAGGAUUUUCAUCAAACUUGGGUCAAACGAUCACCUCAUCAAGGUGAUGUGCAGAACUUAUGAGUCAGCCAUGUCGGCUCAAGGUCAAGGUCACAACUGAAGGUCAAAGGUUUGAGCCUUCCAUUUCGUGUCCGCUCUAUAUCCUAAACCCCUUGAAGGAAUUUUAUAAAACUUGGGUCAAAUGAUUACCUCAUCAGAACAAUGUGCAGAAAUUAUGAGUCAACCAUGCCAGCUCAAGGUCAAGGUCACAACUAAGGGUCGAAGGUUUGAGCCUUCCAUUUGGUGUCCACUCUGUAUCUCCUUAACCCCUUGAAGGAUUUCAUCAAACAUGUGUCAAAUGAUCAUCUCAUCAAGAACUCAUGAGUCAGCCAUGUCAACUCAAGGUCAAGGUCACAACUGAAGGUCAAAGGUUUCAGCUCUGUAUCUCCUAAACCCCUUGAAGGAUUUUCAUGAAACUUUGGUCAAAUGAUCACCUCAUCAAGACGUUGUGCAGAAUUCAUGAGUCAGCCAUGUCAGUUCAAGGUCAAGGUCACAGCUAAAAUCAAAGGUUUUACCCUUUCAUUAUCCAUAGCAGUGGCGGGGGAUUUAGCUGUCAUUCAGACUGCCUUGUUUGGUUGAAUUUUGUGUGUAAGCAGGUAUCUCAGUAACCAGUUGUAGGAAUGGAUUGAAACUUCACAUAUUCGUUCAUUGUGAUAAUCUGACCUACAAUUCUUCUGUUCCUUAUUUAUAAAGUUUUUUUUUUCACAAAAUUUUUCCCCAUUUUUGGCUUUCUACCUAUUAAUUUGACUUAUCUAGUGAAUUGUAGAGCUGUGCUGUCCUACGACAGCUCCUUUUUGAUAUAAUUGUUAUUAUACUUUAGAUGUCCGCUAUUUAGCAACAUAUUGUAUUUUUGAAAAGCAGUAUUCAUUGGUCAGUAUCCUAGCAUUCUCCCACCAAAUGGCUACAUAUGGCAGCCUGUUGAAGAACAGUUCUGAUUUUUGUAAGUUCAAAGCCUGAAAUGCAAAGAUCUGGAAAAUCAAGUAUUAUACUAAAUGGACUUCGCUUUGAAAAAUGAUGUUAAAUGAUUAUGUUUAACCCAAUAAACACAAUUAAUUCUGCCUUUGCGACCAGUGUAGAUCAUGAUCAGCCUGCACAUCUGUGUAGUUUGGUCAUGAUCUGCACUGUUCGCUAUUCAGUCAGUAUCUUAUUUUAGCACCCCUUUUAACAGUUAAUGGUACUGUCAAAAUUGAAAGAUGGACAAGUUCAUUAUAGAAAUUUAACAGGGUAAGGGUUAACAUGCCUGCAGAAUUUACAAGGAUGUGAUGCCUUAUUAAGGUGUAAGAUGUGCUCCUUUCUCCUGUAUAUUUAGAUAGAUCAAAGAUGUUACAAAAUAGAUCAUGAAUGUAAACUUAGCAUUUGUGUGAUAGCUGCACCAUUAGAAGCAUACCAGUUUGUUAUUGUCGGCAUUUCUCCUGUAACUUCAUGAGCACACACAUAAUUUGAGCCAUGCCAUGAGAAAACCAACAUAGUGGGUUUGCGACCAGCAUGGAUCCAGAUCAGCCUACACAUCCGCGCAGUCUGGUCAGGAUCCAUGCUGUUUGCUUUUAAAGCCUAUUGAAACUGGAGAAACUUUUAGCGAACAGCAUGGAUCCUGACCAGACUGCGUGGAUGCGCAGGCUGGUCUGGAUCCAUGCUGGUCGCAAACCCACUAUGUUGGUUUUCUCAUGGCACGGCUCAUUUCAUUUAGGCAUACUAACAAAUUAUUUCAUUGACGCAUAACCUUAUAAAGUCAUAGACAUUCUACAAUGAGUCAUUUUAAUCGAGUCAAAAUGCUGGAUAUUUUGCUCCUGGUUUGUGAUAACCAAACCACCAUAUCACUUUGUGUUCAAGGUUGUUUAUUUUAUAGAUUUUGUACGGAAAGUUUUGUUUUUUUAGCUGAUUUAGUUAAAUCAUACCUUAUUGUUGCAUGCUGUAACUAGGAUAGCACACUAAGGGAUCUUUCUGUCUAUUGUUUUGUUAUCAUUGCAGUUACCCAUCAUGAUAUACUGUAAAAGCAGAAAUUUUCGCAAGGAUUUAAUUUUCGCUAUAUUCACGAGGCCCUACAUCUUGCGAAAAUUAAUCCUCGUGUGAAUAUUCACCAUUAGUAUAAUUCAGAUUCAA